UGUGUGUGUGUUGGGCGGCGGGGGCUGCUUCUGAAACGCACAGGAGCGCCCUCCGCUGCUGUCCCCUGCCUCUGGUGCUGAACCUGGAGGCUGGGGAGGAGGCUCGGGCUCCCUGCUCCUCCCGCCCUGCUCCCCCAGGCCCCUCCCCGGGCCUCCCCCGCCUCCCGCGCCGCCUCCCCUCUGCCCGCCUCCGCCUCCUCCCCCUCUCUCCGGCUCCUCCCCCUCCCUCGCCGACUCCCCCUCCCCCGUGUCCCUCCCCUCUCCUCUUCUCCUCCCUCUAUCCCCUCUCCCUCCCCUCCUCCCUGGCUCUCCCUCUCAGUCUCCGGCUUUCCUCUCUCUCAAUCUCUCUCUCUCUUUCGGGCGGAGUCGCCCACCACUGCCAGCCCAGCGCUGGGGGGACCUGCUCCAGGCUGUAGCCUCAGGACCCCACCACCCCCCAUGGCUCCCCUGGCCUUGGUGGGGGUCGCACUCCUCCUGGCGGCUCCCCCAUGCUCCGGGGCAGCCACCCCAACCCCCUCCCUGCCGCCUCCCCCGGCCAAUGACAGCGACACCAGCACAGGGGGCUGCCAGGGGUCCUACCGCUGCCAGCCGGGGGUGCUGCUGCCCGUGUGGGAGCCCGACGACCCGUCGCUGGGGGACAAGGCAGCGCGGGCAGUGGUCUACUUUGUGGCCAUGGUCUACAUGUUUCUGGGAGUGUCCAUCAUCGCUGACCGAUUCAUGGCGGCCAUCGAGGUCAUCACGUCAAAAGAGAAGGAGAUCACCAUCACCAAGGCCAACGGCGAGACCAGCGUGGGCACCGUUCGCAUCUGGAACGAGACGGUGUCCAACCUCACGCUCAUGGCCCUGGGCUCCUCCGCACCUGAGAUCCUGCUGUCAGUCAUCGAAGUCUGCGGCCACAACUUCCAGGCGGGUGAGCUGGGCCCAGGCACCAUCGUGGGCAGCGCUGCCUUCAACAUGUUUGUGGUCAUCGCCGUGUGCAUCUAUGUCAUCCCAGCCGGCGAGAGCCGUAAGAUCAAGCACCUGAGAGUCUUCUUCGUCACUGCCUCUUGGAGCAUCUUCGCCUAUGUCUGGCUUUAUCUCAUCCUUGCUGUUUUUUCCCCGGGUGUGGUCCAGGUGUGGGAGGCGCUGCUGACCCUGGUCUUCUUCCCGGUGUGCGUGGUAUUCGCCUGGAUGGCCGACAAGCGGCUGCUCUUCUACAAGUACGUGUACAAGCGCUACCGCACCGACCCACGCAGCGGCAUCAUCAUAGGCGCCGAGGGCGACCCCCCGAAGAGCAUCGAGCUGGACGGUACGUUCGUGGGCGCCGAAACCCCGGGUGAGCUGGGCGGCCUGGGCCCGGGCCCCGCCGAGGCGCGCGAGCUGGACGCCAGCCGCCGCGAGGUCAUCCAGAUCCUCAAGGACCUCAAGCAGAAGCACCCGGACAAGGAUCUGGAGCAGCUGGUGGGCAUCGCCAACUACUACGCGCUGCUGCACCAGCAGAAGAGCCGCGCCUUCUACCGCAUCCAGGCCACGCGGCUGAUGACCGGCGCCGGGAACGUGCUGCGCAGACACGCGGCGGACGCCUCGCGCAGGGCGGCGCCGGCCGAGGGCGCGGGCGAGGAUGAGGACGACGGCGCCAGCCGCAUCUUCUUCGAGCCCAGCCUCUACCACUGCCUGGAGAACUGCGGCUCCGUGCUGCUGUCCGUCACGUGCCAGGGCGGCGAGGGCAACAGCACCUUCUACGUGGACUACCGCACUGAGGACGGCUCGGCCAAGGCGGGCUCCGACUACGAGUACAGCGAGGGCACGCUGGUGUUCAAACCAGGCGAGACGCAGAAGGAGCUGCGCAUCGGCAUCAUCGACGACGACAUCUUCGAGGAGGACGAGCAUUUCUUCGUGCGGCUGCUGAACCUGCGCGUGGGCGACGCGCAGGGCAUGUUCGAGCCGGACGGCGGCGGGCGGCCCAAGGGGCGGCUGGUGGCGCCGCUGCUGGCCACCGUCACCAUCCUGGACGACGACCACGCAGGCAUCUUCUCCUUCCAGGACCGCCUGCUGCACGUGAGCGAGUGCAUGGGCACCGUGGACGUGCGCGUCGUGCGCAGCUCGGGCGCGCGCGGCACCGUGCGCCUCCCCUACCGCACGGUGGACGGCACGGCGCGCGGCGGCGGCGUGCACUACGAGGACGCGUGCGGAGAGCUGGAGUUCGGCGACGACGAGACCAUGAAAACUCUUCAGGUGAAGAUAGUUGAUGACGAGGAAUAUGAGAAAAAGGAUAAUUUCUUCAUUGAGCUGGGCCAGCCCCAGUGGCUUAAGCGAGGGAUUUCAGCUCUGCUACUCAAUCAAGGUGAGUGAAGUCACCUCUGGGCUCUGAGUGGGGAGGAGCCACUGGAAGAGGGCCUGGGGGAGGGUCCCAGCCCCAAAGCUACUCUUCCAGGUUGGGUUUGAGGCAGAUUGGAGGUGAGAUAAAGGCAGAUUCAGGGCUGGGGGACAGUGGGGGCUGGCCUGAGAGUUGGUGGUGCCUAUGUGAAUUUGGGAUUACAGUUAGCAUUUUGGAGGUCAAGAUUAUGUCUGUAACAUGGUGAAACCCCAUCUCUUGUAAAGAUACAAAAAUUAUCUGGGUGAGUCCAGGUGUGGUGGCUCACA